CCCGCCACGUCACGCUCCCGCGGCGGCUCUCCCCAAGCGAGCUCUUCACCCGCCUCGCAAUCUCCGCCACGGCGCCGCCCCAUCGAAGAUUGUCACACGCCAACGCAUCUCCCUCCACUCCGCUCCCACUCCCCCGCCACCGCCACCGCCACCGCCAUGGCCGCCGCCGCCGCCGUGCACUCCCUCCUGCACCCACCGGCGGCCCGCAAGGGCCCCGCGCCCUCGCCGCUCUCCCCUCCCUCCCCACCCCACUUCCUCCGCCUCCCGGCCGCGCACCCCCGCCUACCCCACCUCCACCGCCUCUGCGCCGCCUCCCCGGCCGCCGCCUCCGACCUCACUGCCUUCCCCAACCCGAGCGGCAACCUCGCGCCCAUUGACGUGGACGCCGCCACGGAGGCCGAGCGGCGGGAGAACGGGUUCCGGAGCACGCGCCGCACCAAGCUCGUCUGCACCGUGGGCCCGGCCACCUCGUCCCCGGAGCAGCUCGAGGCGCUCGCCGUCGGCGGGAUGAACGUGGCCCGCGUCAACAUGUGCCACGGGGACCGGGAGUGGCACCGGGGCGUCAUCCGCGCCGUGCGGAGGCUCAACGAGGAGAAGGGCUUCGCCGUCGCCGUCAUGAUGGACACCGAGGGCAGCGAGAUCCACAUGGGGGACCUCGGCGGCGCGGCCUCGGCCAAGGCGGAGGAUGGAGAAGUCUGGACAUUUAGCGUUAGAGCAUUUGAAUUGCCUCUCCCAGAACGAACUAUUAAUGUGAACUAUGAUGGGUUCGCUGAAGAUGUGAUAGUUGGUGAUGAGCUUCUUGUGGAUGGUGGAAUGGCUAGAUUUGAGGUGAUUGAGAAGUUAGGACCUGACGUUAAGUGUCGCUGCACGGAUCCUGGCUUAUUGUUGCCACGUGCGAAUCUUACAUUUUGGCGUGAUGGCAGUAUUGUCCGUGAGAGGAAUGCUAUGCUUCCUACAAUUUCAUCAAAGGAUUGGCUUGACAUAGACUUCGGAAUUGCCGAAGGUGUAGAUUUCAUCGCUGUUUCAUUUGUCAAGUCUGCAGAAGUAAUUAAACAUUUGAAAAGCUACAUAGCUGCAAGGAGUCGUGGCAGUGAUAUAUCAGUACUUGCGAAAAUCGAGAGCAUUGACUCUUUGAAGAACCUGGAGGAGAUCAUCCGAGCAUCAGAUGGUGCCAUGGUAGCCAGAGGGGAUAUGGGGGCACAGGUUCCCUUGGAGCAGGUCCCCUCAAUUCAACAAAAGGUAGUUCAACUGUGCAGGCAGCUCAACAAGCCAGUCAUUGUUGCUUCUCAGCUCCUCGAAUCGAUGAUCGAGUAUCCUACACCCACAAGGGCUGAAGUUGCCGAUGUUUCUGAAGCUGUCCGCCAGCGCGCAGAUGCUCUAAUGCUUUCUGGUGAGUCAGCAAUGGGGAGAUAUCCAGAGAAGGCUCUUAGUGUUCUUAGAAGUGUUAGCCUCAGGAUUGAGAAGUGGUGGCGGGAGGAGAAGCGCCAUGAGGCACUGGAACUUCAAGGAGUUUCAUCUUCCUUCUCUGACAAGAUAUCAGAAGAAAUCUGCAAUUCAGCAGCCAAAAUGGAACAUUCUGAUUCCACUGCUUAGAAGAUGUCUAAACAAAACUUAUUUCAUCUGUAGCUAACGGCUUGGGAGCAGACGCUAUUUUUGUUUUCACGAAGACUGGCCACAUGGCCUCCCUGCUCUCACGAUGCCGUCCUGAUUGUCCUGUUUUCGCCUUCACAACCUCAACAUCCGUCAGGAGACGGCUGAACCUCCAGUGGGGACUCAUCCCUUUCCGCCUCAGCUUCUCCGACGACAUGGAGAGCAACCUCAACCGCACCUUCUCCCUGCUCAAGGCCAGGGGCAUGAUCCAGUCAGGGGACCUGGUGAUUGCUCUCUCCGACAUGCUGCAGUCCAUCCAGGUGAUGAACGUACCCUGAGAAAGAGCCAUUCAUCUCCGUGUCACAUGAUCCUCUAUGAGAUGAUCAGAUGCGAUGGAGCACGUACUUUCGGUACCUUGAACUUGAAGGAGGACAGUUCCGUGCACUGAAAUUGUUCACUUGUCUCAUGUAUUAUAUGCUAGGAAACACCAGAGAACUGUGGCAAUAAUUUGCGGCUUUCUGCCUGUUGUGAAACUGUUGUGUUACUACUUAGGCUUUAGUCUGACCUUGGGGUCACUUUUUAAUGUGGAAGCUUGAGUCUCGCUGUGGGCUGUGAUGGGCUUAUCCAUCGCAUUGUGUUAGUUUAACUGAAUCUCACGCUCUUGCUGAUAGAAGAAUCACUAGUUGUGUUUCCAGCUACAAUACAUUAGUUCACUGAUUGUGCGGCAGCAAUCGCUAGUGAUCAUCAUUGUGCCCGACAUCAUUAUUUGGAUUUUUGGACCUUCA